CAGGCGGCGGCGAGACGGAGCUGUAUCGGGCGCGGAGUGAAGGGCACUUCGCGGAGGGUAAUAAAUCAUCAUUAGUCAAGAUGUCUUCCACACCUGAACCUCCACCGUUUAAAAAGGAACCACCCAAAGAGAAAGACUUUCGAAACCCAGGGCUCAGAGGUGUGCCCACCACGACCUUAUUUCGAGCUGUGAAUCCAGAGCUCUUCAUUAAACCUAACAAACCUGUAAUGGCUUUCGGAUUGGUAACCCUUUCACUUUGUGUGGCCUACAUUGGUUAUCUACAUGCAACACAAGAGAAUAAAAAGGACCUCUAUGAAGCUAUUGAUAGUGAGGGACACAGUUAUAUGAGGAGGAAAACGUCUAAAUGGGAUUAAUGGUGCUGGUUACUGCAAAUGGAGCUUUAUUUAGGGCUGUGAAAUCUUCAGGUGAAAGAUUUGGAGUGCACAGUACCAUGUUUCUUGUUCUAGAGUAUGUUAAUGAGGAGAGAAGAUAGCAGCUGCAACCAGUCCACUGUAAUAAAUUUUGUCCUUUCAUAGCGGCAGCCGUUAUCUCACUCUUUUUCCACAGGAAGAGCUUCUCAGUAUUUUUCUUUUAAUAAAUCCUCUUAUAAAAGUGCCAUGAGAAUGGAAGUCAUUUUUGUUAAUUAUUAAGUUCUGUAUAAUAAAAUUAGCCAGUGCUGUUAAA